CUUCUUUUUGCACAGGCUUCAGCAGGGACUUAACUCACAGUUCUGCCAGGGCCUCAGGAGCCUGCUCGCAUGCAUGAACGAUAAGGGACAUCUAAGGAAAACAAACUGGUCCCUUUUAGGGACGCGUCAAAGCCAGAUAACCCAAGAGAAUCCUAGCAAGAUACAGCCAGUCUUAGAGUGGAGUACUGUGAAAUUAGCUUUGCUUCUUUGAGUUUAUGAAGCAUGCAUCUGUAUAAACCUGCUUGUGCAGACAUCCCCAGCCCCAAGCUGGGUCUGCCCAAAUCCAGUGAAUCGGCUCUGAAAUGCAGACGGCAUCUAGCGGUGACCAAGCCUCCGCCGCAGGCAGCCUGUUGGCCAGUUAGGCCCAGUGGAGCAGUGGAACGGAAAUACCUGGAGAAGUUUUUACGUGUCCAUGGAAUUUCGCUUCAGGAAACCAUCAGGGCAGAGACGGGCAUGCCUUACAGGAAUCUUGGAAAAUCAGGACUCAGAGUUUCUUGCUUGGGUCUUGGAACAUGGGUGACAUUUGGAGGUCAAAUUUCAGAUGAGGUUGCUGAGCGGCUGAUGACGAUCGCGUAUGAGAGCGGAGUGAAUCUCUUUGAUACGGCCGAGGUCUAUGCCGCUGGAAAGGCUGAAGUGAUUCUGGGGAGCAUCAUCAAGAAGAAAGGCUGGAGGAGGUCCAGCCUGGUCAUAACAACCAAACUCUACUGGGGUGGAAAAGCUGAAACAGAAAGAGGGUUGUCAAGAAAACAUAUUAUUGAAGGACUGAAGGGCUCCCUCCAGAGGCUGCAGCUUGAGUAUGUGGAUGUUGUUUUUGCAAAUCGACCAGACAGUAACACCCCCAUGGAAGAAAUUGUUCGCGCCAUGACACAUGUGAUAAACCAAGGAAUGGCCAUGUACUGGGGAACUUCUCGCUGGAGUGCCAUGGAGAUCAUGGAAGCCUACUCAGUAGCAAGACAAUUCAAUAUGAUCCCACCAGUCUGUGAACAAGCUGAAUACCAUCUUUUCCAGAGAGAGAAAGUAGAGGUUCAGCUACCAGAGCUCUACCAUAAAAUAGGAGUUGGAGCAAUGACAUGGUCUCCACUGGCUUGUGGCAUCAUCUCAGGAAAAUAUGGAAACGGGGUGCCUGAAAGUUCUAGGGCUUCGCUGAAGUGCUACCAGUGGUUGAAGGAAAGAAUUGUGAGUGAAGAAGGGAGAAAACAGCAGAACAAGCUGAAAGACCUCUCCCCGAUCGCAGAGCGUCUGGGAUGCACGCUGCCUCAGCUGGCCGUGGCGUGGUGCCUGAGAAACGAGGGUGUGAGUUCCGUUCUCCUGGGAUCAUCCACUCCUGAGCAGCUCAUUGAAAACCUCGGUGCCAUUCAGGUUCUCCCAAAGAUGACAUCACACGUGGUAAACGAGAUUGAUAACAUAUUGCGCAACAAGCCCUACAGCAAAAAGGACUAUAGAUCGUAAGGCAGUGCAUGGGCCACAAGGAGCUGCCUGGGUAAAACAGCGGUCUGUACAGGUACAGGAUGGUGUUACUAGCCAGUGUUUUGAAUCACUUAGCAGCCCACCGCUCAACCUCUAGUGUCCCUGGAUUCUGAGGUGUCUGCUGUCACCACCACUGUGCACCUAAAAUUAUGAACAUACCUGAAAACUCACAAACAGGAAAAUCCAUAUUCUAUUUUCUUACCUUGGACUGGAGUCACCUACAUUGCUCUGUACACCUCAUGUUUAGGCAAAGUUAAGUAUCUGGCAGGGAAAAGACAUAUUUAUUACCUUCAGGCACGGAUAGGUUACAAAAUCCACAGAUUCAGUGUGGAUUGCAUCAGAAAGAGGAGGCUAUGUUCACUCAGAAGUCUUCCUUGAGAGAAUCAGAUGAAACAAUUUUACUGUAUUUUUUUUUCUAUUUGCACAUUCACGUUGUUUCAUAAAUUACUAUCUGCUUUCAUUACCUUUUAGCGUUGCUUGGCCUCAGAAAUGGCCCUGUAUAGCAGGUUCUCCAAACUGUCUGUUAGGAUUCUAACAUGUUCAUUUACAUGGAGAGAUGGUAAGAGGAUGAAGACCCCCGUCUUUAACUAGAGAUAGUUUGGUUAAUUUAUGAAAGCAAGAAUUACACUAAUACAGAAGCUUUGCUUUGAAUAAAAUGUACCUGCAAUGAAGUACUCAUUUUUUUCUACAUUUUACUAAAACCUGCUUUAUACUUUUUGACUGCUUGUAGGCACAGCUUCUGCAAGUUUAAAUAUUUGAGCUUUAAAAAUAAAUACACACAUGCUCACUUUUGUAAGUAAACCUGUAAAAACAUCCAGAAAGGCAAAUGUUUGCUGUUUAAUUAGCACUGGGAUUUUACAGCAUAAUGCUUGGUGUUUUUAACAUGAAAUUAAAUCACGGGCUUUGUGAAAAUGCUGUCACUACUCAACAUAUGCUGGGUAAAGUAACACACCCAAAGAAAAGCAAAUGCUAAAGAACUUCCCGACUCCAUAAUCACACUAUGUGCAUUAAAUUAUAUGCAUGAAACCUCUUUGCAUGAAUUAAUAGGGCCUAGUCUUGUGGCACUCAGCUGAGGUAUCCAGCCCUGCCACUAUUGGCUACCUACCCUCAUGAAUAUACCACUAGAGAAAACCUGAGUAUACUGUGUGUAUACCUGUAAGGAGUGAGAAGACUUUUUUCCAGUUUGAAGGUGUAUGUCAAGGGGGGAGGUCCUAUAUCUCUAUUUGGACACCUGAGCAUGUACAAAAUUCUAAUUUAAUUUACUGGCCAACAGGUCCACCCAAGUAGAAAUCACUGAGACUUACAGAAGAAGUAUACUAUCAGCUUAAAAUGCUAUUUUCUGGCAUCAUUUCCAGAUAUGUAUAUCAUGGUUUUCUAAAUCUUAAAAUGUUAGUAUGAAAUACCAACAAAUUUUCUUUUUGAUUACUAUUACCUGUAUUCUAAUAGGGAAAUAGUUUGGGGUUUUCUGUCCAAAAGUAUCAGAUUAAUAAUGGAAAUGGGUCAUUUUUCAGUUGUUCAUUGUGUGUUCAAUCAAUCCAGUGAACUACUGUAUGCAUAAAUGAGCUGAAGUCAUUUAAUUGGAAUUGCAAUUUAUUUGCUUUGAGUAAUAAAAGCAUACAUGCAUUUAAUCUCACAAUUAGUUUU